AUGGAUUUCAUUGUGAGUCGCGAUCUACCCUUUGCCAAUAACCUGCUAUCUUUAACGCACUUUUGUGAAGUGCAUGGCCCAACAUCUAUUAUCUGUUCUCAGGUCCUUCCCUUCUCGUGUGCGCAAUGUCAUGCCGAUGCGGAUCAUUCCCCCGCAACUCCAUCUCAUUCUCCCCGUCCACGAUCACCUCCCAAAUCUCCCAACAAUACUGCUCCUGAAUCCAAGUCUCCAAAAAUCGAAGAUCACCCUUACUUCUUGCGACCUCAGCCUGCUUCACCAGAAGAACGAAACCGUGCAGGCAACGUCGAUGGAGACACUUGCGCCAGCUGUAGCCUCUCUCUUCCAGAGGGAGUGAGCAAGCAGCUCCCCUCUCCAGGCCGCGAUGGCAAAUCCAACAAUGGCUCAAGUCCUGUCUUGCGCUCCCGUGAAGUCGUCUACUCCUGUGGCAAUAACCACUCUGAUAUGGACGAGACCCCCGACCCUCAUGCCCACCCAUCUCCGCCCGAGUCUCUACACUCUUCCUCUAUCGCAUCCGACGCAUCUUGCCACACACACAUCUUAACCUACCUCUCACAACAUGGCCCACCAAACCCCACCGAUUAUGCGCUCUUACGCCGCUCCUCCAUCCGCACUUUGAGCUGUGAACUCCUCCCGCGCGGCCUAUCCGCCGGCCCAAUCUGUUUCGGUGAUUCCGUAGCAGGCUACACUAUCGCUUACAUCUUUCGUCUUCCCGAUCCCAUGGCGCGUGGCAAACGUCGCAGUUACGCCCUGGUGGCACUCGCCGGAAGAGACGCCGGAAGAGCAUUCCGCGCCUGCCCCAUAAUCUGGCGCGCUUUCUCGCGCAUCGCAACCAGCAUCGUCAGCGCAGCCGAGCAUUUCCAGGAAGAAGAGAAGAAGCGCGAAGAGAAGGAGAACCCAAGUAGACCUGGUCGUCAAUACACGCCUGUUUCUUCUUUCUUGACUGGUCGAGCCAUGGAUCCGGCCGGACAGCCACGCCGCAUGGGACCUAUUCGGGCGCGCAACUUGGCUGACAUCGUUGGAAAUGAAUACAUCUUCGCGGAAUUGCAUGCCAAUUUCGUCGCGCUUCUUCAACAGCUCGGUUCUAUGUUUGGUGGUGUGCCGAUCUCUGAGGACCAGUUUGUCUGCAGCACUGUCGGCGAUGAUGACGCUAGCAGUGCUGAACCCGUCCUCGUUUCCAGUGCUGAUCGCUCCAAGCGAACCUCGGCCAAAUAUGAGACCAGUGAUCUCGAUAUGUCGAAACUGGAUAUCUCAGGCCCCAAACCUAUUCCUAUUGCCACUCGUCGGUCCCUCGUGGCUUAG